CUCAUCUGCUGCCUCCAAACGCACUCCACAACAGAACUCGAAGCUCUGGGAAGAGUAGCAGAGGGCAGAAAGUGCGGGUGCCAGCUUGUGAAAACUCGGAUAUUUGGAAAGGUCGCCACCAUGAGGACCGUCACUUGGGUCAAGAUGGUUGCUGCCGGUGGGAUCAUGUGUAUCGGCGGUCCAGCUUUGAUAUACUACGUCACUCCCACAGAAGAGGAGUUAUUCAUGAAAUACAACCCCGAACUGCAGCGCAGAUCUCUGGAGAGAAGAAAGGAGAAGCAAGAAGACUUUGAUACCUUUGUCAGCAAGCUGAAGGGAUAUUCGAAAAGUGACAAGCACAUCUGGCAAGUGUGGGAAGAUGAUCUGACCAAGAAGCGGGCGGAGGGUGUCACGGCCGAGCUUGAGCGGAGAAGAGCCGCGGAAGCGGAAUCGCAGGCCCGAAGAGAUGAGCUGAGGCAGAGUAUCAAAUGAAAACCACGAGUCGACAGGAGCGACGACCAAGGCCGGAAUGAAGCCCUAGCAUGGCGGCAGCGAGGGCAUCCCAUCGUCAGCAACUGGGUACCUCUGUACUACUAGUAUAAACAGGCUGUGAUACUAUUAUACAAUGCUCAUCGCGCC